AUCCAGUCCGUUGGCGAAGUUUUGCGGCGGGGCACGCUCGGUUUACGGUACUCGAAAAAAAGUGACAGUGUGUUACGGGCGAACGGGAGAAACACUGGCGCGCUCCGUGCCUAGCUAACACACGGCCAACCUACUUCGAUUUAGUGUGUUUGUGCUCUUACGGCCGGUUCCAUAGAACGCGGCGCGCUCGCGUUCGUCCCCGUGCGCGACCCAAGUUUCGUCGUGUUCCUGCUGCGGCACACGGUGUCCCGUAACUGCGUCCGAGGACGGUGUGACAGUGUGAAUUUUUCGACACCUCCCCCGGGGGAUCACGGCUCUACGUCGAGUGGUUCAGUGAUUUUUUUGUCGUUCAGUUUUGCUCGGAGUGUGCUCGUCCUGCUGGAUUUUGGUUUCUUGUACUGUUUUUUAUUAUUAUUAUUUUGGAUUAUUCGGAUUAUCGGAUUGAUUUGCAUGAUUGAUACAACAGAGGUUUAGGGUCACUUUCGGUUGGUUUUCUAGUGUUUCCGCGUGGUUUUUCUCGAAUACAGUGAUUUCACUAGUUCGUCAAACUGAUGCAUAAGAGGAUUACGGUUUCCAUUGAAGAGCCAACGUAUCAACAAAUUAUGCCCCAAUAGACUUGUAAUAUGUGAGGCGUUCAAACUCGAGAUGGAGGAGGUGGACGAACGAGGAGGCGGCGGCGGCAGCGGGCCGGAGGAGUGCCUGCUGAUCAAAGUCCACGUGCCCGAGCUCAACGUUCAGAAGUGCCUCCAGUUCCCAAGGGACCAACUCGUAUGGGACGUCAAGCAGCAAUGUUUGGCCGCCCUGCCCAAGGAAUUGAAAGAGAGUUUCAACUACGGCCUAUUCAGUCCGCCGGAAAAUGGCAGAGCGGGGAAGUUCCUUGAUGAGGAGCGCAGAUUGGGCGACUAUUCCUUCAGCGGGCCCAUUGGACUUCUUGAACUGAAGUACAAACGGAGAGUAUACAAAAUGAUCUCAUUGGAUGAAAAACAGUUGAAGAGUCUGCACACGAGGGCGAACCUUCGCCGAUUUUUGGAGUACGUGCAGAACGGCCAAGUGGAGAAGGUUACAAAGAUGUGCUCCAAAGGACUGGACCCCAACUAUCACUGCCCGGAGACGGGAGAAACCCCAUUGACCAUCGCGACCGCCAUAAAAAAGCCGGCUAAAGUGCUGAUCGCGUUGGUGAACGGCGGCGCCAUCCUGGACUACCGAACCAAAGACGGAUCGACCGCCCUACACAGGGCGGUCGAAAAACAGAACCUGGAGGCGCUCCAGACGUUGCUGGAGCUGGGCGCCUCCCCCAACUACAAGGACAAUAAAGGUCUGACUCCGCUGUAUCUCACCAUCACCCACGCCGUCGACCCCAAGUACACCGAACUCCUGCUGCACGACCACGCCACCACCGGAGCCAAGGACGCUCAAGGAUGGCACGAAGUGCACCAGGCGUGCAAACUGGGUCUACUUCAGCAUCUCGAGCAUUUGCUUUUCUACGGCGCAGACAUGAACAGCCAGAACGCCACUGGCAACACGCCCCUUCACGUCUGCGCAGUAAACGGCCAGGAAUCCUGCGCGAGGACCCUGCUCUUCAGGGGCGCCAACCGAGAGGCCCUGAACUACUCGAAUCAAACACCAGGUCAGGUGGCUGUCAUUGCUGGUAACAUGGAACUGUCACUUAUCAUCCAGAAUUAUCGUCAGGACGAAGUUGUGCCGUACCGCGAGCCGCCCAGAUACAACCCGAAGCGUCGUUCGGCCGCCCUCGGAUGGCUGCAGAGGUCGCCCUCGGCCAGCACCCUAGCCCUACCCCCCAGUCCCUGUCCCUCAGACCGGUCCUCGGCCCCUUACAGCUCGGCGAGCAGCAGCCUCAGCGACGCCAGCAGCGGGGCGCCGCCCGGCCUAGAGACCGAUACGGCCAGCAUCGUCACAGUGCUCGCACUGGGUGUUGCAGACAAAAGUCUCGGCGAUACCAGCGACAUCAUCAGCGACAGUUCCGGAGUCGGUACCGCCAAUUCUGACACCAAUUGCAGCAUCACCAUGCCUGGUGCCACCGUCGUAUGCAUCGAAGCGUACACCAGCAAAGAGGAGGGCAGCGUUUGCAUCAGACCCGGCGAUUUUAUUGAAGUAACUGGUGCAACUGAUGAUGGGUACCUUGAAGGCAUCGUGAAGAAUGGCGGAAACGCCACCGGAUUGUUCCCAGCACACUGCGUUCAAGAAGUGCGACUAAGAAAUCCCAACAUACAAACACCCAUGAUGGUGGCCAGGGACUCCAGACAGUAUUCGAACAACAGAGUUGUAGGCCGAAGAGAAUCCACCCAAUCGAGCUCCAAACAUUUCGCAACCCAACCCAGAACCAAAAAAUACACUGGGUUACCCGGUGAGCCGAAGACGGUGGUACUCCAUCGCGGCAAAAAAGGCUUCGGCUUCAUACUACGCGGAGCCAAAGCAACGUCACCGCUCAUGGAACUGACACCAUCGGAAAAGUGCCCCGCCCUCCAGUACUUGGACGACGUGGACCCGGGCGGCGUGGCCGACAUGAGCGGCCUAAAGAAGGGAGACUUCCUGAUCGCCAUCAACGACGAGGACGUGUCUUCCGCAUCCCACGAGCACGUUGUCGAUCUGAUCCGUAAAUCCGGCGGGUUGGUAAAGAUGACUGUGCUGUCGGUGGGCGCACCGACGACACCCAGCUCAUCGAUACCGAUGAGCAAAUCGACGAUUUUGCCCUGCAAAGCGGACAUACCGCUCAGCAGGCACUACGCAACGUUGCCCAGAAAAAUGAAUCCUGGCGGCACUCUAACGAGGAACAGCCAGGCACCUCUGCCGCCGAGGAGGGACCCCAAGACCACGCUGAGUGUCGGACGGGCCAGGGCCAAGAGCAUGGUGGCAGGAUUAGGAGGAGAAAAAGAUGAGACUGACGACAUCACAAAAUCCAGUUCCGCCGAGUCAAUUCACCAAUCGACACCGGGCGGCACCGGAAACUCAACACCGGUACAACCACGCACCGCUUCGAUCCGCCAGAGGCCUAUUUCGAGCAGGGUCACGUCGCAGGAGUUGGAGGAGUUGUUCGAGAAGCAACGCGACGAUGGGGAAAGGGGCGGCGGACAACACAGUUCGCUGAUGACCAGCUCUAGGUUCCAGGAUGGCACUCAAACCCUGAGUCAUCCUGGCUCUCCUGCAAAGACUCGAGUUUACGCCAGCGUGGCCGAGAUGAAGAGGAGCAAAAACAAGAAAUCCAAACAUCACUUCCUGCCCUUUUGGGGAGGACGUGAGCUGCGCAGAGAUUUCCACAGCACCCCCGAUUUGGCCCAGGAAGUCGCCAUGCUCAACACAUCAGCUUCAGCCUACUCCAAGAACCAUCGCAGCAUAGAGGACAUCAGUGCCCAACUGGCGAGCAACAGAACAUUACCACCUCCGAAUCACCCACCGCCACCACCUCCACAACAAAUACAACUCAUAACGUUGUCCAGGAACUCGGAAUAUGACAACCUGACCAGCUGCGACGUGGUGAACGAGGAGAGCGUGGUGUCUUCGUUCAGGCCGACGGCCAGCGCCAAGUUGUACGCCUCACCUGAAGAUAUGAAGUCCGUGGGGUACAGAUCGAAGAGUUUGCCUUCGAAUUCCAAGGCCCAAGUCAGAAAGAGUCAAAGUAUGAGGACGGCGUCUUCGUUCAAGCCCACCAGCACCUCCACGCCUCCAACUAAGAACACGACUUACGCCCAACCGUUCAGACCAUCCAGGUCGCACUCAUCAGCAGGUACAAGACGACAUAAGAAGAUACCUUGCAGCAAGUCAGCUUCAAAUGUGGUAGAUUUGAGCAAAUCAAACACUCCACCCAUUCCCGAACCGGAUUACAGCUGCAGUGAAUCAGAGGGUGAAACCGACGAGGAAAAGGAUUGCAGCAAUUUGGCCACAAGACUUUCCAGCGUACAGUUGCAUCCAGUGGAGAACAGCGGAAACAGCAACGCCAGUGGCAGCAGUUCGGGCAGCAGCUCGGUACCUCACAGCUUCAGCGUGGAGGAAAUCCAAAAGGGCAGAUCUAUGUUGCGCUCUUCCAAGUCGUAUCCCGACGACUUCCUGAAGAAGCAAAACGAUGCGGGCGGCGGCGUCGCCCUAGAAGACGGCGACAACAGUUCCUCCGGCGUGAGCUCCGACCAAGAGAUCACCGGCAGCAUGAAUUCCGAAUACACGGAACGACUCAGCGCUUCGAUACAAGACAACAGCCAGACUAUUAAGAACCAACGACCACAAUCAGGCUUGUUGUCGAGACCUGCGGUUUCGUUGGUUCAGUUGCCACCUCCAAUUGAGAAUGAGACAGAUGAAAAGGAAGAGUUCUGCCUUCCACCACCUCCGGAAUUUGGAGGCAACGCCAGUAGUGUCGAACAUGGACCUGAAGCAGUCCUGGCGCCACCUCCACAAUUUAGAUACGGCAGAUAAUCAUGGUCACUUUUGGAUAUAAUACAGUGACAACCGUCAAGUUUCGAGAGUUCGAAUAGUUGGAGCAGUUCCCAAAAACAGCACCCCCAAAAUGAAACAAGGUAGACUACACAGUCAGUGAUCAAUAAACUGAAUUUGUAUAAAUAGGUUUUUUUUUUAAAUGCAAAUUGAAUGUUUUGCCACAACAAGACUUAUACUCCCCCUAACUUAUAAAUUAUAUCUACAUACUCGAUCUUAAUGUUAUAUACACACACGCUAAAAUGACACAAUGUUUUUAUUUGGCGAAAUUAAGUGUUUUUUAAUAUUACCACAGCUUGUAAAAUGUGUAUUGUGUCAUUUUAAUGUUAAAAAACUAUGUAACCGUAUUGUCAAAUAUCAAUUAUUAAGAUAGCACCCACCAUUAACAUGAAUAUUUGUAAAUUCAUCAUAGCUGAUUAGUUCCUACCAAAACAAUACCAGUAUUAAAUCUAUUUUCAAUUUGGAAACACUCAUUUCCCAAUUUAUUGAACUAAAAAAAAUUAUACAUAUAUUUUUCUUUAGUCAAAUAUAUAUGGACUAAGUGCAUUAGAUAAAAUUCCGUCAUUUUAUUCACCAAAUCAUCCUGCCAAAAAUUUAUAUUUUUGAAUUAAAUUAAAUGUUGUAUUUGUGUGACUAUAUAAAUAAACAUUUAUUAUCUGUUGUUUCAAAUUCGGUUGUGUAUAAAAUCAUUCAAUCGCUCAACAACAAACUGUCAACAUGUUUUAAAAAAUCAUAUAAAACAUGUUUUUGUACCCUACAUUUAGAAUCUCCGCGUGAUUUUACAAUUUAGAGCCGAUAAUCGCAUUGGAAACAAAGUUAGAGCUUUGAAAUAGGCUACAUUUACAAUAAUAAGUGAUUUUAUACCAGUCGAUACUAGAAAAAUGUGCAAUAAUCUAAUACUUUGUACAAAUGUCACUUUGUUAUAAUUUAACUCAAUUUUAAAUGAUAAAUGUGAAUGACAUAAGUGAACUAUUUACAAGUAGAUUAUAGGAAAUUAUAUAAUAUCAAUAUAUUACAACAACAUUCAAGUAUAUACAGCUUCUUAAAGUCUGAACGAACUCAUUUUUCCAUUGUUUGUACUUCACGAUUUUAUAGCUAGCAAGAUAUAGCAAUACCGUUGACGAAACUUUAGAAAGAAAAGGCCUAAAUACACAUUAUACACUUAGGAAGUUAAUGAUAUCUACCUAUUUGUACUCACGAAAAUGUGGAAUAAAUGCAGUAAACUCAUUUUUGCAAGCAAUUUACUAAAUGUUUACUUCACAUUCGCAAAUCCUGGUAUUUUUUUUGUGUGUGCGCAACGCUGAAGGAGGCGAACAGGACGGUAAAUGUGAAUACACUCAUUUUAACCAAUUUCGUCACAUUGUCUGUACGUGAUCUUCGGCGUUGCAGUUAUGUAUAAUUUUUCUUUUGUAAAAUAAUGCUCAAAUAUAUGUUUUACACUGUAUUUUUUUCUUGUAAAUAUUAAUGUUCGGGGUCAGUUAUUGUAUGAUCUAUUUUUUGUACAUUAACUGUUUGUUUCUAUUUGAACUACACGUUAUGUAACUAGCUCAAAUAGGAAUGUGGUUUUUUUUAAUAUCUGUAUUUUGUAAGUAUAAUUUUGUGCUUAUUUAUUUUACGAACUUGUAGUUCAUAGUUUUGAACGCGUUUCUGUGCUAUAUUAUUGUUAUUAAUAUGGUAAUGUUGUAACUACACUUUCUUCUUUUUACCUCUUUUGUUUAAUACAUGUAAUUACAAUGAAUCUCAAUAUUUUUAAUAAAUUUUAAUAUUACACCAAUAUUUGUUACAAUUCAAUUAAAUUAUUCAUCUUCA